UCGCGCAAUAGUUAGAGUGCAAGCUAAUGCAGUUGCGAAUCGUCCGUUACGUUAUUGUUUAUCAACAAAUAAAGUGUACACAUCAAAUCAGCAUAGUAAAUAAUAUCACCGAGUAUAGAAAAAACAUUAUAGUUAAAGAAUAAAGUGUGGAUGGCAGUAAAGAAACCUUCGAAAGGAAUGAAUCGAAAGAUUGGCUUCGGCAUCUGUGCGCAGUCUGCUGCAGUUUGAAUUUCAAAACAUUGAGAUCCGCCAACUGUUGGGUACUGACUGUAACUGACUUUCAGCUUACACGUAAAAUCAUAACUUCUUUAAAUUGAGUCAAUAAUAAAAAUACAACAAAAUGGAGCCAGAAGUUUUACAAAGUGUUUUGGAGGAAUCCGGAAUUCAAGUAGACAUGAAAAAUUUACAAAAUCCUACAGAGGAAUUUAUGAUAUAUUUAAUCACAGAAUACUUGAGUAAAUAUCAUUUGGAUGUAAAUCAAAUUGCAAAGCCUACAUUGGAGCAACUUGAGUGUCUAUUAAGUCCAGAUUCUCCAUGGGAGGUAAUCAAAGUAAUCAAUUUAUUUUCUGCUCUUUCAUCAUUUUGCAAUGAAAUAUUUUUGGUUGAUCUUUGUCUUACAGAUAUCACUAGUCCAGGUCCUAAAAGAGCUCGAAGACAAAUUAAGAUUCUUUUCAACUUUUUUGCCUACUACAAAAAUAAAAUGGUUGAACAUGAAACAAGCUUUGAAGAAUUGGAUAAUCGUCAAAGAGAAAUUGAUGAUAUGAUAGAAAAUAAAAGUUUAUCAAUUGCUAAAAUUGGAGCAACUAUCGAUGAAAGAGAGAGUAAGAUUGAAUAUAAACAAAUGCUGCAAAAAGAAAUAGAAAAUCUUCAAAAACAUAUUGAAAAUAACAAUAAAAAAAAACAAGAGCUAGAAAAUCAAGUGGGAGAAAUCAUGACCAGACAUCAAGAUAAACAUAAACAUUUUACUGAUUUGAAAGCCAAAGCUAUCCAGCUUCAUAAAAUAACAGUUGAAUUACAAUCCAAAAUUGUAAAAUCUCCAGAAGAAUAUGCUAGCCGCUCAAGUGAACUAAAAAAAGUUAUAGAAAUGAAAAAAGAAGAACGACAGGAAUUGAAUGACUCUAUUCAAAAAAAGAAAUUACAAAUAAAAAAAAAUGAAAGUGCUCAGGAGUUGGUUAAAGAUCUCAAUGACAAGUUUCAGAUUAAUUCUAAAGACACUUACAAACAACUGAAGGAAGCGACUGAAAACUUGAAAUUAGUGGAGAAAAAAUUGAAUACAUUAAACCAUGACAUUCAAAGAUGGUCAAGUAUUGAAAAACAAAAUUCAACUGAUCAUUCAACAGACAAUGACUAUGAAAGUCAUAAGCAAUUGUUAUUUGAAUUAGAUAAUCAACUUUCUGAUAAAGAGAGAGAGUGUAGUUCUCAAAAAAAAAUGUUAGAGCGUGUGAAGUUGGAGUUGAAUGGAAAGAAAUCAAUUUUAGAACAUGAAUUAUCAAAUAUUAAAGCAACCGAAAAUGAUGGCAUUAAAAAGUUGAGAGAGUUUAAAAAUUAUUUCAGGAAAAAAAUAUUAGAGGAGAUGAAUCUUCGAGAACAAAUUAUGGAAAAAGUAUUUGGUAGUAAUCAUGAAAAAUUAUAGACAGUUUUUAAAGUUAAAAUCAUAGUAAAAUAUUCAAUUUUCAUGGAAAGUUGAAUUCAAAGAGUAUUACUGUAAAUAUGAUAUUGGCUUUGGUGUUAAAAGCUGUUU